CAUGCCUAGCAGGCUGCCUGCAAGACAGAAACCUUACAGUGGAAGCCCAUGGUGGAGCAAAACUACUCACUCCAUGGAAGCUGGGAAGCAGAGCACAAGAGAUGAGCACUAGGAAGAGACAGACUCUCCAGAGACACACGGCCAGCGAUGCCUCCAGCUGGGCCCCACCUCCAAGAAGCACCUUCAGCUAUGAACACCAUCGGAUUACUCCACGGAUGAGCAUAGCACCCCUAUGAGCCAAUUAACCUCUCUAAGGGUGUCUUAACAGAGGGAGAAAAUCCAAGGAGUUUAAAGUCCAGCCCCAUGCUUUCCCUGAAUGAUUUCAGCACAUUUUGUGAACAUAUGAGUUUGGCCUGUCCAGCCCAUGAGAUCACAAUGCUACUACUCUGUCAUGCUCUAGCUGUCGCUACCAUCCAGCUCUUUAUCUUCUCAGAGAACCAGGCAUUUGCCAAGAACAUCAACUUCUACAAUGUGAGGCCUCCUCUUGACCCCACACCAUUUCCAAACAGCUUCAAGUGUUUUACCUGUGAAAAUGCAGGGGAUAACUAUAACUGCAACCGAUGGGCUGAAGACAAAUGGUGUCCACAAAACACACAGUAUUGUUUGACUGUUCAUCACUUCACCAGCCAUGGAAGAAGUACCUCCAUCACCAAAAAGUGUGCCUCCAAAAAUGAAUGUCAUUUUGUUGGUUGCCACCACAGCCAAGAUUCUGAACAUACGGAAUGCAGGUCUUGCUGUGAAGGAAUGAUCUGCAAUGUGGAACUGCCCACCAACCACACAAAUGCAGUCUUUGCUGUAAUGCACGCUCAGAGGACAUCUGGCAGCAGUGUUACCGCAACCUACCUGCCAGUAUUUGCCUGGGUCUUCAUGCUUCCACUGCUAUGAUGCCACCUUUUUUAGGAGAGGGAGAGACCAGCCCUCUAAUGCACAAGGCAAAAACUGUGUGAACACUGGAGUGAAGAUCAGUCUUGCACUUGGUGAAGAUGGUACAUUGGGCCCCAAAGCAGAAGGCAGUGAUUUGCUUUGCUAAAAUGCUCUUGCAUGAGAUCCUAGUACUGAGAAAGGGGGCUUGGUAGAGACUGAAAGGACUGAGUUCCAUGCUCCCUAGUCAAAAGCGGGGGUUGCAUCCUGUCAGUUCUGCAGGAAAUAUCCAGUCAGUAUUUUUGACAAGCGACAAUAUCCUGGCUAGUCCUGGCCCAACCAUGCCUUUAGCUGAGAGGACUUCUUGACCUCACUGACUCCUUCGGAGGCUACCCAGUCAGACCCUCUGGUUUCUGUGGUUAGCUCUGAGUGUCUGUGAAAUCUCAUCCACAGGUGAGAAAGCAGUAUCUGCACUAUGUUAGACAGCCUGAGAUAAUCAGCUUAUAAAGAGAAAAGGUUUAUUGUGGCUCGUGGUUGUGAAGGCCUCCGUUCCUGACCUACUGUUGCCUUUGAGCCUGUGGUGAGGCAGCACACAAGGCAGAGCAUGUGGCAGAGCAGAAAACCACUCUCCUCAUGAUGUGACACGGAAGGAACAGAGAAGAGACAAGGCUGUCACAAUGCCCUUCGAGAGUGGACCCGCAGUUCCCUAAAACCUCUCCCUGUGUCCCUUCUCCUGAAGGCGCCCAGUGGCACCCAGACUGGGGACCAAGCUUUUCACACAUGAGCCCUUGGGGUACACUCGAGAUCCAAGCUGAGGCACCCAGCAACAGUGUAGUCAGUGAGAACGGGAGCUGUUCAGGAAAACUGUUGGCCGAACUAAAAUGAACUCCAUUUACCACUUGUCAGGUGGGGGUGGGAAGGAGGAAGGCUUUUCACUUAUACAAUGUCAAUGCAUGCUGUGUGUUUCUUGGCUGCCAGAGGCCCACCAGGAGACGAACUUACCGAUGUCACUGCAUUUGAAUUUCCAUGUACCAGGGAGACAUAUGCUAGGUUAAAGAAUAAAAUUCUAUGCCAAA